AUGAGACUCGCACACCUCCACCUCCCCCACACAACGCCCUUCAGCCACGUCUCGCAACUCCAACAAGCCCUCACAACCCGCCUCCUCACGUACAAGAAACUCGCCUCCCCAGGCUCAAUAUCCUCCCAAGAUCCAACCAUCUCAAGUGCCAUAUUAGCCAAAGCCCCACCCCCACCCCCAGACCCAACAAUCAUCACCUUCACCCCAAAUCCCGUCUACACCACCGGCCGCCGCGACCUCCCACCUUCAAACACAAGCCCACCCGACACCACAAACCCCAACAUCUCUCUCCCCCCACCCCUCGAACCAAUCCGCUCUAUCCUCACCCCACACGGCACCCAACCGCCAAAGGCAGAGUACCACCCCACUCUCCGCGGCGGACAGACAACCUACCACGGGCCGGGCCAGAUGGUCGCAUACACGAUCCUAGAUCUCAAGCGACUGGGCCUCACACCCCGGUGCCAUAUCCGCGUUUUGGAGAACAGCGUCAUCGACCUACUAAAGAGCUACGGGGUGGGGGGAUUUACAACGGAAGACCCGGGGGUGUGGGUGAAGCCAGGAUCAGGAUCACAGCCUAAGAAGAUUACAGCUGUGGGUGUGCAUCUUCGACGCAAUAUCAGCAGCUUUGGAAUCGGGCUCAAUGUUACAGACGAGCCGAUGUGGUUCUUCAAGCAGAUUGUGGCUUGUGGGCUUGAGGGCAAGGAGGCGACUAGUCUGCAGGGUGUUGGGGUUCCGGGAUUGGAGAUUGGGGAUGUUGCUGAUGCAUUUGUGGAGAAGUUUGUUAAUCGAGUGAACGCUGAUUUUGCUUGUGGGGAGAAUUCGACGGGGGAGAAAAUUGAUGAGGUUUAUCGGGUUAGGGAAGAGGAUUUGUUGUAG